UCCUUCUUAAACUCCUCCUCCUCUUCUUCUGCUUCGUCUUUCUGGGUUUGUUUCUCUUGGGAGAUGGCUUCAUGUGUCUCUGCUGCUGCUGAUCAACAAACUCUUCCUUCUUCUCCAUGGCAGUUCAGCUGUGAUUUGGAAGUCAAUUAUGGGUCUGAUGAGAAUGCUUCCAUAGUAUGUGCAGCAAUAGCUGUUGAUGCGGAGUUGCAACCUGACAAAGUGAAAAGGGUGAUGACUGUGAAUGAUGGAAAACUUUCAGUACAUUUUGAGUCAGUCGAAGCAAGGUUUCUGCGAGCAUCUAACAGUUCAUUUGUUGACGUUCUUACACUUGCAACGAAGACUAUCGAAGAAUUUGGGCCAGUGAUGCAGUUAUGACAGUAGUGAAAUAAAACUGCUGAGUUUUACCCUUCAAUGCUGCAAAGCUAAUUCUCCAUGACUUAUGUUUGAACUAUGUAACUUCGUAGCAGUAACUUUUUGAUGUUUCUGCUAGUUAACAAAUUUCAUAAGAGGUGACCGAAUUGGUUAAUAUCAUUAGUAAAUAUUUUGUAUUUUUUUUAAUGGCUUAGGC